AUGGUAGAGGAAUUGUCAAACCUUUGUGAAGGGCUACGGCUUACAGAGGAGGAGAAGCAGGAAGUCCAUGUUCCAGCAAAGGAAGUUCUGUUAUCCAUUGAAAAAAGCAAGAAGUGCUUGGCGGCUCUUAUAGUAGCUGAUAAGGAGGUUAACAGAGGACUUUUUCUGGCCACGAUGAGUAAAGCAUGGAAAGUGGAAGGCCAGGUUUCUUUCAAGGAACUCGACUCUAACAAAUGUUUAAUAGAGUUUCAGAAUGUCUAUGAGAAGGAACGGGUCCUGGCGGGAAGGCCUUGGUCUUUUGACAGGUCCCUUAUGUGUUUGUUCAACUGUGAAGAUUGCUUGGCACCAAAGGAUAUUGAUUUUAAUAUCGAACCUUUCUGGCUACAACUGCAUGAUCUUCCCUUUGCUGGCAUGAAUAAAACAAUGGGAGAGAAGUUGGGAGUGGCAGUUGGACAGGUUGUUUCAGUAGAUGUAGCUGCAGGUGAUAUGGCAUGGGGAAGUUAUCUCAGGGUCAAAGUGUUGCUGGACAUAACUAAACCCCUUACCCGUGGUAAAGUCAUGAACAUGGGAGGAAAAUGUUAUUGGAUACCUUUCAAAUAUGAAAGGCUACCAACCUUUUGUUUUCAGUGUGGGGCAAUCAAGCAUAAAGGUCUGUCCUGCUCAAGGUCUCCUUUGGGCGGAAAAUCAUGA